UAUAAGUGCCCAAGGUCCAGCCUCCAGAGAGGCCCAAAGAAAGAGAGGAGAGAAAAAGAGAGGGGGCAAGGAAAAGCCACUCCCGUGGCCCAGACCCCUGGCCAGGGCUCAGAAGGCUGGGCAGCAUGUGGGAACUCCGAUCCAUAGCCUUCUCCCGGGCCGUGUUGGCUGAAUUCCUGGCCACGCUCCUUUUCGUUUUCUUUGGCCUUGGCUCAGCCCUCCAGUGGGCCAGCUCCCCACCGUCUGUGCUCCAGAUUGCUGUGGCCUUUGGCCUGGGCAUUGGCACCUUGGUUCAAGCUCUGGGCCAUGUCAGCGGGGCCCACAUCAACCCUGCUGUGACUGUGGCCUGCCUAGUGGGCUGCCAUGUCUCCUUCCUUCGAGCUGCCUUCUACGUGGCUGCCCAGCUGCUGGGGGCUGUGGUCGGGGCUGCAAUACUCCAUGAGAUUACUCCAGUAGAAAUCCGCGGGGACCUGGCUGUCAACGCUCUCCACAACAAUGCAACAGCGGGGCAGGCGGUGACAGUGGAGCUCUUCCUGACCCUGCAGCUGGUGAUCUGCAUCUUUGCCUCCACGGACGAGCGACGCAGCGACAACCUGGGCAGCCCUGCUCUCUCCAUCGGUUUCUCUGUAACCCUGGGCCACCUCCUUGGAAUCUACUUCACGGGCUGCUCCAUGAACCCAGCACGCUCCCUGGCUCCGGCAGUUGUUACCGGCAAGUUUGAUGACCACUGGGUCUUCUGGAUCGGGCCCCUGGUGGGCGCUAUCAUUGGCUCCCUCCUCUACAACUACCUGCUAUUCCCCUCGACAAAGAGCCUGCAGGAGCGCCUGGCGGUGCUCAAGGGCCUAGAGCCCGACACUGAUUGGGAGGAGCGCGAAGUGCGGCGGCGGCAGUCGGUGGAGCUCCACUCCCCGCAGAGCAUGCCGCGUGGGAGCAAAGCCUGAGCGCCCCACCCCGCACCGCAGCGUACCGCAGCGCAGUCAGCGACCGCCCGCCCCUUCCCUCCCCCGGCGCACCGUCCGCCCCCGGUGCUGAGUGGCUGCUCCAGCGCCCGCAAGCACGGUGAGCCUCAAGAAGGGGCUCGCCCGGGAACCUGGCAGCACCCCCACCCGAAGUCUUGGCCCCAGCGACCAUCCGGCUCAUCUCUUGCAGGGAACCAGGAACUUGGGGAACCAAGCCAGUGGGGAGGGAAAGCAGGCGGGCGGGAGAAGGAGAGCUCUGGAGAGCCCGCACCUGGUGCAGGGGGAAACGUGCGUAGAGACCAUCUUGGGGGGCCUGUGGUUGGUAUCUGGUUUUGUUCAGAUGUAAAAGUGCCCGUCCAUCUCCGCGUGCUUCUCUCCUCACGUGCAGGGUCUACAUGUGCCUGAGUGUGACCCUGAAUGCCCAUGGUGAUACAGGGCCGGGAUUUCUCAUUCCCGCUUUAGCCGCCUACUCUGGGACCUGCAAUAAAUCCACUUUCUCUGCUAUGGAAGAGUCCUCCUAGCAAGUCAGGCCCAGGAAGGAGUGGGGAGCUGGUUUCCAACCUCUUCCUCGACCUUCUGGGAAGACUCUACCAUAUUAACAGUCCUUGGCCCAAAGACUUGCCAGGACUCAUUGCUGGAAGGAGCCUGUCAACUAGAGAACAAUUCCCCUAGAUAUAACCUCUGGGGAACGGAGGACUGGGUAUCCAAGGACUCCCCUUCUACCCCAAGGGAGGCCUCUUCAACCGGGAGAGGGUGUUGCAGGACUCUCUUCCCCAGGGAGCCCACACACCCGCAAAGAUUAGUCUACCAUUUGGGCAAAGAAAACAAAAGCCCUCCGUCGGGCUGCAGCUUUUGUCCUGAGAGGGGAGAUUUGCAAUUAGAUACAGCAUGAAAGGAGACACUCGGUUUCGCAAGUGAGCCCGGGAUCCUGGCACACAGCACAUGCCUAUGGCUGGCAGGGCAAGGUGCUCAGGCAUGCAACCACAGGCACCAAGCAACACCCCUCCGUCACUUGUUGCCCCUCCCCCCCCAGGAAUCUCUGUUCUCUCUUUCAUUUCCUCCCUCCCUGCCCUGUGCUCCUCGCUUUCCAGCUUACUGUGUGUGACCUUGCAGUCUGCGCUCUCGUGGAUCAGAGAAAGGAAGUGACUGGACCAGGCAGAGGCGGGUCCAGAAUCUGGAACCCAGACUUCUAAACCAGAGCAGGGCAACGGUUCUCAGAUGAGAUUAAACUGGGAUUAAGUAAAACUAUGCAUAUAAAGACUCCGUGUGAACUGUGAUUCCAUUAUCACACAUUAUUAGGUUCGUUUUCAUUAUCACCGCCUUC